CAAACUACCUGCUGCAGUUUUAUUUCCUGAACUGCGUACGGAGAAGUUUAAAUCGUGCUGCGAUUACAGCGCAUUUUGGAAUUCUGAAGGCUGUGUUUUAUAUGUUUUUUCGGAUGGAGCGGAGUACUGGAAUAGGACUUAUACUUUUAUCAUUGCAGGUACUUUCGUCUGUAUUUGCGGAGUCUCCGCCAUGUUCACCUGGAUUUGAUUCGGAGGUGUUCAUUUUCAAAGUGCACAGAGAGCACCUUCAUAGGGGCAAAAGGCUUGGGAGAGUGGGUUUCAGUGAUUGUAGUGGAAGAAAACGCAUGGUCUUUGACUCCACUGACAAGCGGUUUGAGGUGGCCACUGAUGGAACAGUGAAGCUGAAGAGGCAGGUCACUCUUCAUGAGGGUCAUAAGAUGUUCUCUGUCCAUGCCUGGGACUCCACGGGCAAGAGACACACUGCCUAUGUGAGAGUGGAACAUGAGAGUGGAAAAGGCCAACAGGCAGACACCGAGGCAGUGGGCCCUGCACCGCUUGAAUCCCCCUCGACUGUCUUGUUUCUGGAGUUUCCUGAAUCGUCUGUGGGGUUGAAGAGGAGAAAGAGAGAUUGGGUGAUUCCUGCAAUCUUCUUUCCAGAAAAUGAUAGGGGUCCUUUCCCUAAAAAGAUGACCGUUCAGAUCAAGUCCAGCAUUGCUAAGGAAACUCCGGUGUGGUACAGCAUCACUGGUGAAGGAGCAGACCAGCCUCCUAAGGGUCUUUUUACUGUGGAUAAGAACUCUGGCUGGCUGUAUGUUUCAAUGCCUCUAGACAGAGAGAAAAAAGAGAAAUAUGAGCUUCAAGCCCAUGCAGUUGCUCAAGAUGGAAAUAUAAAAGAACAACCAAUGGACAUUGUGAUCAAUGUGAUUGACCAGAAUGAUAACAAGCCCAUCUUUACCCAGGAUCCAUUCCGUGGCAGUGUAGCAGAAGCUUCAAAUAUAGGGUUUGAGAUCAUGACAGUUACAGCCACUGAUGCAGAUGACCCCAACACUGACAAUGCUGAUGUCAGAUACACCAUCCUCAGUCAGAUUCCAGCACAGCCAAACCCAAACAUGUUUACCAUCAACCCUGUCAGUGGAGCAAUUCUAGUGGGCGCUGAAGGACUGGACAGAGAAAAAUAUCCUGAAUACACAUUGGAGAUCCAAGCUGCAGAUGUGCAGGGUAAUGGCUAUGCAGUUAAAGGAAACGCUGUAAUUACAAUAACCGACAGCAAUGAUAAUGCACCUCAGUUUGAGAAGACCUCGUACAACGUCUCCGUCCCAGAGAAUAAAGUGGGAGCUGUGGUGGUGAAACUGCCAGUGACUGAUGAGGAUGAACCUCAGUCAUCUGCCUGGGCAGCAAAGUUCAGGAUUGUUGGUGGAAAUAGUGGUGGGCUUUUCAACGUUAGCACAGGACUGAAGAAACAGGAGGGCAUCAUUACUACUGUCAAGCCACUGGACUUUGAGAGAAACAGCAAGUACACUCUGUUGGUGAUCGUUGAGAAUGAAAUUCAGUUUGCCAAACUUUUGCCCACCUCCACUGCCACAGUCACUGUGAAUGUUAUCGAUGUGAAUGAGGCUCCAGUGUUUGACCCAGAGAAGAAGACAAUUUCCAUACCUGAAGAUCAGAAGGUUGGCAAUGAAAUAACGGUGUACACAGCCAGUGACCCUGACACGGCAAAGUCUCAGAAAGUGAAGUAUCGUGUAGGCAGCGAUCCUGCUGGCUGGCUGGAUGUGGAUGAAGACACUGGACUGAUCAAGGUCAAGAACCCCAUGGACAGAGAGUCUCCUCUUGUGGAAGAUGGCCGAUAUGAAGCUCUGAUCUUGGCCACGGAUAAUGAUCCAGUUCAAGCAACUGGUACAGGGACCCUCGUGAUUGAGCUGCAGGAUGUAAAUGACAAUGCUCCCAUCAUUGAGGAGAGAUCCUUCCAAAUAUGCAAUAAGCAGUCAUCUCCAUUGCUGCUGUCUGUGACUGACAAGGAUGGUCCUGGCUUCACUUCUCCAUAUAGAGCAGAUCUUUUGGGAGAUGGCCAAAAAAACUGGACUGUCAGGAUGAACGAGACCAAGACUGGAAUCAUCCUUACACUCAGCACUCCACUGGAACAGGGAUUGUACAAUGUUGUUUUGAGGGUAUAUGACAGCCACAAUCUCCACCAGGACAACACUGUGCAGGUUGAACUGUGUGACUGCACAGGAGCAAAUGCCGAGUGUAGAGAUCGAGUCAUAGCAGGCCUUGAGCUGCCCGCUGUCCUCGGAAUUCUGGGGGCCAUUUUGGCUCUUCUGUUGCUGGUCCUUUUGCUGUUGCUGUUCUUGAGGAGGAAAAGUUCUGUGAAGAAGGAGCCUUUGCUUUCUGAUGACGAUAUUCGUGACAACAUCUACUAUUAUGAUGAGGAGGGCGGUGGAGAGGAUGAUCAGGACUAUGACUUGAGUGUGCUGCACAGGGGCCUGGACAACCGCCCCGAUGUCUUCCGUAAUGACGUAGCCCCGACUUUCAUGCCUGCGCCUCAGUACCGUCCUCGGCCUGCCAACCCAGAGGAGAUCGGCACCUUCAUCGAAGAUAACCUAAAGGCAGCAGACAAUGACCCCACUGCUCCCCCCUACGACUCCCUGCUGGUGUUCGACUAUGAGGGGGGUGGCUCGGAGGCUGGCUCCCUCAGCUCACUGAAUUCCUCCAGCUCAGGGGACCAGGACUACAACUGCCUGAACGAGUGGGGCCCACGCUUUAAGAAGCUGGCUGACAUGUAUGGUGGAGGAGAGGACUGAGGGAGCCAUGGAGAGGGGUUUCUCUGUGCAUCGCCAAAGGUAUUGCGUGCCCCCCCCCC